AUGCAGGGGGGCUGGGCGGUGCUGCUGCUGCUGGGCCUGGCCGGGUCCGUGCCCUGGGCCACGGCGCAGGGCCCGGGCCUGAGCCACACCGAGGCCUUGGCCAUCGCCAUCGCCAACUACAACCAGGACUCGGCCGAGGAGAACGUGUUCCGGCUCCUGUCGGCCGAGCCCCAGCCGGAGUGGGACGCGGACUUGGGGACUCCACAGGUGCUGAACUUCACCAUCCAGGAGACGGUGUGCCCCAAGGCGGAGAGCCCCUCCCCAGAGCAGUGCGACUUCAAAGCGGAUGGGCUGGUGAAAGACUGUUUGGGCUCCGUCUCCACUGGAGAGGGACCUCCGGCUGUGGUUGUCACGUGUGAGCCCAAGGAUGGGACCAUCCGCACCAAGAGGUCAUGGAGGAGAGUCGGCAGAACCCUAGGGCGGAUCCUGAGGGCCAAAUGGAAAAUCAAGAUCAACGUUGAAUUGGGAAACUGA